GACAACUGGAGGGGGAAGACAGAAUGUGUCCAACCGGCUUCUCUUUUACUCUUGCGCAAGUCACUUUUGGUAGGAAAGGAGUUGAUACAAAAAGGAAAACGACAGCUCUCAGGCGUUUCUUUACGUAUGCAUGCAUAACGUGUUUGUAUGCGCGCGUCGAUGCUUGUAGUCCCACGGCAGCCAUUGCAAAUACCUUGUUUCAUGACGGUUUGCUUCACGACACUAAGUGAAUAAAGAUAGAAAGUAUUUUACCAUCAGGCGAUACGAAACGAAAUUGCGCGAAGCUAAAAACGUACGAACGAAGCAAGCACAUUGCUCUGUCAACCUUGUAACCCGUACAGCACCACUUCACUGUACAAUUUUUAGCGCACGCGCGAGCCUUAAAGCAUCGGCGACGCCGCUGCCGUAGUAAGUAGCCACGACGUCGCGUAAUAUAACAUAUACAUAGCACGCGGAAAGAGAAGACCGCUUACCGCUCCAAGUCGAACAGAAAACGCCCGACGAAGUAGUCUUAUUUUUUCGCGCGCGGUACUGCGGCUUCUAGGCAAGGGCGUGUAUAUGUGUGUAUGCCUUACGUUUGUGUCUGCUUCGACGCAAAGGCGAGUAUCGUUAAUCCCCAGGACACGCAGAAUAAUUUCACCAACAGUUCGGCCCGAUGUCUGAAACCGACCUACUCAACAUAGACAACGUAAUAGCGCGACUCUUAGAAGUCCGAGGAAACCGACCAGGCAAAAAUGUUCAGUUGACAGAAGCAGAAAUACGAGGACUUUGCCUCAAAUCUCGUGAAAUUUUUCUAUCACAACCCAUUCUUUUGGAACUUGAGGCACCAUUAAAAAUAUGUGGUGAUAUUCAUGGACAAUAUUAUGAUCUGCUUCGAUUAUUUGAGUAUGGUGGAUUCCCUCCAGAAAGUAAUUACUUAUUUCUAGGUGAUUAUGUUGAUAGAGGAAAGCAGUCUUUAGAAACAAUUUGCCUUCUUCUUGCUUAUAAAAUCAAGUACCCAGAAAAUUUCUUCUUACUUAGAGGAAAUCAUGAGUGUGCAUCAAUCAAUAGGAUAUAUGGAUUUUACGAUGAAUGUAAACGUCGUUACAACAUUAAACUAUGGAAAACAUUCACAGACUGCUUUAAUUGCUUACCAGUGGCAGCAAUAGUUGAUGAAAAGAUUUUUUGUUGUCAUGGAGGUUUGAGUCCUGAUCUUCAGAGUAUGGAACAAAUUAGACGUAUUAUGCGGCCUACUGAUGUACCUGAUCAGGGUUUGCUUUGCGAUCUUCUAUGGUCAGAUCCUGACAAGGAUACAAUGGGUUGGGGAGAAAAUGAUCGUGGUGUCUCAUUUACUUUUGGUGCAGAGGUCGUAGCCAAAUUCCUUCAUAAACAUGAUUUUGACCUUAUUUGUCGUGCCCAUCAGGUGGUCGAAGACGGCUACGAGUUUUUUGCAAAAAGGCAACUAGUGACAUUGUUUUCGGCCCCAAAUUAUUGCGGUGAGUUCGACAACGCGGGUGCCAUGAUGUCAGUAGACGAGACAUUAAUGUGCAGUUUUCAAAUCCUAAAACCCGCUGAUAAAAGGAAAUUUACAUAUGGAGGUUUGAAUGCAGGGCGACCAGUUACGCCGCCUCGUGGUGCCAACAAUAAAAAUAAAAAGAAGUGAAACGCGCAACUGGAUAUCAUGAGACUGCGACGUAUAGGAUUUUAAGCAUCUUUCCAACUACAAUUCCACCAUCCCCUUCUUAAAUCCUACCAUCUCCUAAGACUCUUUAGUCCUUGUAAGAAAGAGUAAUAAAAACUACUACUACGAGUACAUUUAUAAAAGAAAAAAAGAUGAAAACACCUGCGCGAAGCCAUCCAUGAAAGCAAUGAUAUGCAAAAAUUACUUCUAAAGAAACAUUGCAUUUAUCUUUUAGAGCUUUGGUAUAUUAUUGACAUUUAUAUUUUAAUUUUUCAAUUGAAUUUUUAUCAAAUUUAACGAAGAAACGGAAAAUACGAUGACGUAAACGUUUUUACGGAAAAUGUACUUUAUUUUUGGCUCAUAUUUGAAUGGGUGAACUUCAGAAACGGUAAUGAAACGUUUAAAUAAAACGUGAUCAAAUAAUAUCUAUCAUAUAAAAACAUACAAAUAUAAAAUCCAAUUUCUAAAGCUAAAAGGCUGUUGUAUAAUUGUCUACUUAAAUAAUAAUAGGCAU